AUGAUUGGAUUAAGAAAAGGGGUCACUAGACUUGGGGCCAGAAGGAUCGACUCUCUUUUGUUCGGCAAAUGCCAAGCGCAUAGAUUUUUAUCCAACUCUUCCAAAGAUCUUCAUAGGCAAAAAACGAUCUUGAAAUCCUCUUUUGGCGGAUUGGCUGCUUCUUUGCUUGGAGCUUCUUUACUCUCUUAUUAUAUGUUCAAUGCUAAAUCUCUGGUUCAUGAGUAUGUCUUUGGUCCAUUGCUUCGUAACAUUAUGGAUGCUGAAACUGCCCACCAUUUCGUCGUAAAGCUCAUGUCCUAUGGAUUGUUCCCUAGAUUAUUCGAAGGUAUCAAAGAUGAGGACAAGGUAUUGGGUGUGAAAUUAUUCAACAAUCAAAAGUAUCUUGAAAUUCCAAUUGGUAUGGCUGCUGGACUUGAUAAGAAUGCCGAAGCCAUUGAUGCAUUGUUCAAUAUUGGGUUUUCCUACGUCGAAGUUGGUUCAAUCACUCCUUUGCCACAACCGGGGAACCCACAACCACGUUUCUUCAGAAUUCCUAAUGAUCGCUCUGUGAUUAAUCGUUAUGGUUUCAAUUCUGAUGGCCACUGGUCGGUGUUGAGUAACCUUCGUAUUAGAGUUGAAAAAUUCUUGACAAAGUUCAAUGGUAAUGUUACCGCUCCUAAUUCUUUUGAAGAUGGAAAAAUUUUGGCUGUUAACUUGGGUAAAAAUAAACAUGGUGACGAAAUCAACGAUUAUAAAUUAGGUGUUUCAAGAUUUGGGCCAUACGCUGAUGUGUUAGUGAUUAAUGUUUCUUCUCCAAACACCCCAGGUUUAAGAAACUUGCAAAAGAAAGAAAAAUUGCUCAGCUUAUUGGAUGCAGUGGUUGAGGAAAGGAACAACAUCAAGCUUUCCGAAAAUCCUUUGAACAAGGGAAAAUCUGGCCAACUUCCUCCAAUUGUUGUCAAAAUUGCUCCAGACUUAACCGAAUCAGAAAUCAAGUCGAUUGCUGAAACUGUUAAUGAAUCAAAGAUUGAUGGGAUCAUCAUCUCUAACACCACUAUUUCUAGACCUACAGUCUACAACUCUCCUGAAGAUCCAAUCUUUAAAGAAGCUGGAGGAUUGUCUGGUGUCCCAUUAAAACCAAUUUCCUUGAAAGCCCUUAGAACUUUUGCCAAAUACAACAAGGAUCCAAAGUUGACAAUUAUUGGUUGUGGUGGUAUUAGCACUGGUCAAGAUGCCAUUGAAUUUGCUAAGGCCGGUGCCAGCUUUGUGCAAGUUUAUACUGGUUUUGCCUACACUGGUCCAAACUUGGUUAACAGAAUUGCUGAAGAAAUCAAGGAUGAAUUGAAAAAAGAAGGCAAAACAUGGGAACAAAUCGUGGGUGCCGAUUUGAAGAAAUAA